GCUGCUCUGCCGCCCAGGCCCAUGGCCGCAUCCCUGGCGCUCGUGGCGGGGGUCCUGGCGGGGGCGGUGCUGCCCCUCUGGAGCGCGCUUCCGCAAUAUAAAAAGAAAAUCACAGACAGGUGCUUCCACCACUCUGAGUGCUACAGUGGCUGCUGCCUCAUGGACUUGGACUCUGGUGGAGCCUUCUGUGCCCCCAGGGCCAGAACAACCAUGAUCUGCUUGCCCCAGACCAAGGGAGCUACCAACAUCAUCUGCCCUUGCCGGAUGGGCUUGAGGUGCAUAUCCAGGGACUUGAUGUGUGUCCACCGGUGCCAUAUGAUUUAGAGGAAGAUGCAGGCUGGUGACUGCUCCCUUGGGGCCGUAGGCCCUGGGUGCCACCAACUUGCUCCAAAUCCAGCUCCUGAGACAUUAAAGUCACUUCCUGUC